ACGCGAUAUCUAGAGUUCGCGCAUGUUAUCAUAUUAAUGAUAGCGUUUGUUUGAAAUAUUUCGUGUGAAUAGUCGAAUGCUAAACGGUAAUAUAAAACAUGGUCUGGACAAUAAUUUGUACAGUAUUUAUGUGGAUAAUAAUUGACCAAAGAGGAAAGGCCGCGUCACAAGACUGUGGAGCCAAUCAUCAUCUUCAUGGAGAAACGGGUUCUUUUUCUUCGCCUUUUUACCCCAACAAUUACCGGGACGAUGAAACUUGUACAUACACAAUCGAGGUUGCUACAGGACACAAAGUCUGCGUCAUAAUUAACAAUUUUGCCGUUGAACCGGGUUAUGACUAUUUAGAUUUACACGAUGGCCUGAUAACGUCGCUCGUCUUGAAAAGAUUCAACAAAACAUUUUCAAAUGGAAACGAGCAUGUGUUAUCAUCUGGAAAUAUGAUGACGGCUUUUUGGCAUACCGAUAUCUCAGUUGUGAAUAGCGGCUUUUAUGCACAGUUUAAAGCUGUAUUGAAUUGUUCUGAAUGCAGUUCAGCGGAUUGUAAGCAGUGGUCUGGAUUAAGCGAUCUGCCAGUGAAUCAGAUGAUUGCAUACCCCAACCACACGACAUGUAUUGGAGAUACAGUCCUAAUGACAUGUGAUGCAGGUUACCAUGUCGUUAACGACCCAAGAACACACACUGAGAUGGCUGUUUGUACAUCGAAUGGAAUCUGGAGUCCACACACAUACUCGCGCUGUGUUCCUAUAGUUGACUUUUCAGACUGUAAGCAGUGGUCUGGAUUAACCGAUCUUCCAGUGAAUCAGAAGAUUGCAUACCUCAAUAACUCGACAUUUGUUGGAGCUACCGUCCUAAUGACAUGUGAUGCAGGUUACCAUGUCUUUAAUGACUCAAGCACUCACACUGAGAUGGCUGUUUGUACAUCAAAUGGAACCUGGAAUCCACAUACAUACUCGCACUGUGUUCCUAUAGACUGCGGUUUACCACCAGCAUUAGCAAACGGAAUGAUGAAGCUUAUGAAUAAUAAGACACAUUUUCAGUCGCAAGCAGACGUUAUAUGCAAACACGGCUUCUUUCUCAACGGUAGCUUUAGUACCUUCAAUUGUACUGAUGACGGGCAUUGGAGUCUGGAUGAUUCGCACAGAUGUCUUCCUGUCGAUUGCGGAUUGCCGCCACCCUUAGCAAACGGAAAGGUGAAGCUACUUAAUAACUUGACAACAUUCCCGUCGCAAGCAGAAGUAACAUGCAAUCGUGGUUACUUUCUCAACAGUAGUUUUAAUAUCCUCAAUUGCACCGAAAAAGGAAGUUGGAGUCAGGAUUCGUACAGCUGUCUUCUUGUUGAUUGUAGUGAGUGGUAUAGUAGUUCGCCGAAGCAUCAGACAAUUAUUUACAAAAACGCGACAAGUUUCGGUUCUAAAGCUAUAAUGACAUGCAACCCGGGAUACCAUGUUGUCAACAAGACCAAUAUACUAUCUGAAUCAGCUGUAUGUACAGAGAAUGGAACAUGGAGUUUACCUUCAUAUGCAGUCUGUGUUCAAUCAGAAUGUCCAGUAUUAGAGCCGUACGACAAGCUUACAAUUGAAAUGGUUCCAAAUACUACAAAGGCUAUCGUCAACACGACGGCAAUGUUUUCUUGUUUACCAGGAUUGAUGUUGGUGGGUUACGCAACAAUAAAAUGCACGAUAAACGGACAAUGGAAUGGACCUGUUCCAAAAUGUGUUGCGCUGGAAAAGGCUGUUCGAAACUGUCCGGUUAACAUCGAUACGAAAGACAGAACCUGGCAAGAAACUCAACCAGGGACAAUUGUUGUGGAAAAUUGUCCAAAUGACUAUUCUGGAGCGGUAAGUCGACAAUGUAGCAAAGAAGGACUCUGGCUCAACCCAUUUUACAACUGCGUAUCUAAACGCGUUGCUGAACUGAUGUCAGCGGUGGAGAGUAUCAAAGAAUCCCCAUCAGCAGCGAAAAUCACACACAGUCUAGAUCAGCUAGUAAAUAUAACAAAACCUGCCAACGGAUCAUCCUAUAUCGGCGAACUUUACGCCAUUACUAGCAUGCUGGAUACCAUAGCAAGCGUCAGCGACAACAUCGAGGUUACGGACGAGCAAGCUAAUUCGUUCUUUUCAACAACAAGUAACUUACUGGACACUGACAACGCCGAAUCAUGGCAAUCAGGGGCCAACCGUUAUGAAAGCGACGGGUCGACGGAUGGAUCGAGUACGGCUAAGCCCGGUGCGAUAAAAGUUCUAAAUGUGGUAGACAAAUACACAGACAUUUUAAAGAAUUCACUUGGAAACAAUUCCGAAAGCAGUAAAACUAUACAAUCGGAAAAUAUGGCUUCUUACCCUAUUUCAGUUGUGCAUGUAAGUAUGGUUAACACAACCUCCGAUGAGUUACAAUUCCCAGAUAAGCCGCUCGGCAUUACAAGUUCAGUUAUUCUGCCGAAGGCUUCAGUAUUAGGAUCAAAAACAAUCGCAGCAGUGGUGUACAGAAAUCUGUCAGGAAUCAUUUCAUCAAAGUUAAAAAAUGUCAGUGAUUCCACUAUAAAUUCAGAAGUUGUGACAGUGACGUUGGAUAACUGGGAGAACACCACAAACUUUGUUGUUGAUAUAACAAUGGAAUACGCUCGGAAUCUUCAAUCAGCCCCAAUUUGCAGUUUUUGGAAUGCUUCAAUAUUUUCCUGGGACACCACCGGAUGCCGUGUCAUGUCCUCCAAUCAUUCUAGCGCAACAUGUCGUUGCACGCACCUGACGAACUUUGCAAUUCUUAUGAGUCCAUUUAUUCAGAGCAAGGCUAAUUCAAAAGACCUCGACAUCAUUUCCAUAGUUGGUUGUUCGAUAUCAUUAGCCGGCUUGACGUUGACAAUUUCUUUCCAUAUAGUGCUUUGGAAGUAUGUAAGCAAACGACGUGUUGCUGUCUUGUUGAACCUGUCUGUGGCCCUCAUAAUUUCGUACGUUAUGUUCAUUGGUGGCAUCGACAGAACGGAAAGCAAGAUCGUAUGCACUACGUUGGCGUCCUUGUUGCACUAUAUUUACCUGGUAGUGUUCUCCCUUAUGUUGGUUGAAGGUAUUGACGUCGCCGUGUCAAUACUAAUUGUCUUCCAAACACGAUCAAAACUGAAAUGGAUGCUGUCAGCUGCUUGGGUUGUCCCUGCUGUGGUCGUUGGGAUAUCGCUUGGUGUCACCAAGACAAAGGGAUAUGGAAAUGAAAUAUCAUGCUGGUUGACAAUUAAGGGAGGUGUCAUUUGGGCGUUUGUUGGACCUGCACUGUUAAUCGUUUUGGUCAACUUCAUCAUCCUAGUGAUUGUGAUACGGGCAACACUAAGAUCGUACACAAUGGCAAAGAAGUCAACGGUCGAAAGAUCAAAGUCAGCAGUAUGGUGUCUAUUAGUUUUACUACCGUUGAUGGGACUUACUUGGGUUCUGGGGGUUUUCUAUCUGGACGAAAGCAUGGUCUGGGUACAAUACGCCUUCGCUGUCUGCAACAGUCUCCAGGGUUUGGUGAUUUUCAUUUUCCAUUGUGCAUUUAACAAAACGCUCUGGAAGGCAUAUAAAAAGAAAAAACAAAGGUCGUCGUACGCCAGUAGAACUUACCUCAAAUCUAGAAGCACAUCAGUAAGAUCGGUUAUAACGGAAAACAGUGAAGUAAGCUUGAAUGUUUACGACACAAUUGAAAUACCGUCAGCAGGCGAAUCGGCUAAUAUACGUUACGAGGACUUAUCGAUCAAACAGCCAAUGCAAACUGCUGCAAAUGCUGACAAAGAAGAGCAAGGCGAUGGUAUCAGUAAGCACUCUGAGGACAACGCUAAUGAUGACAAGCUCAGAAGAAACGGUGAUCAGGAAACGGUGAACACAUAUAACAAUGACGUUGGGCUGGAAAUUCUGACAGACAAAUACCUCUAUAGUACGGUGCUAUAGGUGUUGACGUGUUACUAAAGUAAAAGACGAUGAGGGGCUUUUUGCAUGUACCGUUUAGUCAGUCUCAUGAAGACACGGAGAUUAUUCAGUUUAUGUACUUACUAUGCUGUUGAUGAAAGCACUACUGAAAAUAAUAAUAUUCAAGUCGAAGAAUGGUUGGUUUAUAUGUAUUCAAUGUCUAAACAUUAAAAGUUUUUUUGAGUGAUAACGGCUAAAUGCAUGAUAGUUUAUUAUUUAAUCAAGAGAUUUAUUUGAUCACACAUUGGAAAUACCGCCUCGUUCGAUAAGGCGGUGUCUUUUAACCGCCACACAACACUUCAAUGUAUGUCCUAUUUGUAUAAUACACAUCACAGUGAAGGCCUUACUUGUUGAAAUGACUUUUAUUUUGUAAUAUUUGUUACAAACAUCAAAUUUAUUAAAUUAUAUAAUCGUUGAAACUAACAAAGAUGCAUGUACAAAAUUAAGUGUAUACAUGUUGCCGACUUCUUGCAAAAAAAUGUGAACGUUUAAUGAAUUCCAAAUUGCCUGAUUUAACAUAACCACGAGUGUAUAGUAUGUAACCAUGUAUGAUAUGCAUACAACAAACUGUAUUUUCCCCCUUGUAUUUUCUUCCUUACUGUAUACUUAACUUGAAUUGAAACAUUCUAGAAAAUGUGUUGUAUAAUUUUCUUCCUAACUGUAUACUUAUCUUGAAUUAAAAAAUGCUAGAAAAUGUG